GUGGGCACCGAGUCACCAGGCACGACAGUGGGCUCUGAGUCAAUUGGCACGACAGCGGGCACCGGGUCAUCAGGUACCGGAUCGUCUGGCUCGACAGCAGGCACCGGGUCAUCUGGCACAGGAUCGUUUGGCUCGACAGCGGGCAUCGGGUCACCAGGCAUGACAGCGGGCACUGGGUCAUCAGGCAUUGGAUCGUCUGGCUCGACAGCAGGCAUCGGGUCACCAGGCAUGACAGCGGGCACCGGGUCAUCAGUACCGGAUCGUCUGGAUCGACAGCGGGCACCGGGUCAUCUGGCGUUGGAUCGUCUGGCUCGACAGCGGGCAUUGGGUCACCAGGCAUGACAGUGGGCACUGGGUCAUCAGGUACCGGAUCGUCUGGAUCGACAGCGGGCACUGGGUCAUCAGGCAUUGGAUCGUCUGGCUCAACAGCGGGCAUCGGGUCACCAGGUAUGACAGCGGGCACCGGGUCAUCAGGUACCGGAUCGUCUGGCUCGACAGCGGGCAUCGGGUCACCAGGCAUGACAGCGGACACUGGGUCAUCAGGAAUUGGAUCAUCUGGCUCGACAGCGGGCAUCGGGUCACCAGGUAUGACAGCGGGCACUGGGUCAUCAGGCGUGAUAGGAUCAUCAGGCUGGAUCAGUUCAUCAGGCUGGACAGCAGGC